AUGUGACAGACGCGACAAAGACCUUGGACCCCAUCCACCACCACCUCCUCUGCAAGUUAUGAAUGCCUCUUCUGCAGGCGUCUGCGAGGUGGAUCGAUUGCGCAAUGAACUCAAGCAUCAGCUUCAAUUGAACCGUUUAACUCGCGGAGAGAUCGAUCCUAUCGUUCAGGCUCUAGACGAUGUCAAACGCGAGAAUGCUCGACUUAUGCGCGCGUUGGAGGAGGCUCGCUCCGAUAAUAUUCGACUCAAGAAGAUGUUACAGCGUGCCGCAGGUUCUGGGGGAGCUAGUUUACGAGUGGGGGAAAUUAAAGAGAAUCCAAUUGUUGUUGCGGACCAAGACUCCAAUAUCGAAGAUGCGGAACGAGAACUGCGCCUUUUGCGCCAACAAUACAACGAUCUGCUCCAUGAGAAAGAGCAAGCCACUCGGCGGUAUCAAGAACACUAUCGCAAAUGGAGGAACUUCAAGAAAUGGUUGGCGAACGAAGAAGAGGCACGGUCACCGAAUGCUUCGAAGGGAAUGGCCACACCAUCUCCCUCUCGAUUACUGAAAGUCCGGCGCAUAUUGGAACAAUCAACGAACGACGCGGAAGAUGAGAAUGCCAAUUUGUUCAUUAACUCUCAUCAUUCGCCGCCCCGAGUACCUCUCAAGCUUUCGCCCGAACACAGUAAUGCUCUUCCAUUUCCAUUACAGGACAGUCCAUUGCAUUCCCAAGCAGACCUUGAAGAUCCACCCGCCGUCUUCCCAAGUCACAAGCCUCGCAGAUUAUCUAGUCCGCCAAUCGCCAAUAAAAUGGCAAUAACUGAAUCGCCUGAGUUCAUCAAUAGCCGGCAGUACCGCAAGCAGCUUCAUGCUUCAGAUUGUGAAUGUUGUCAUGAUUACUAUGAGGCUAUAGGUCCUCUUCCCCCAAGACUUAUGCCUCCUCCAUGGCGGACACCUACCAAGCCAAAGCUUGAUAAAGUGAAUUCUCAGGAGAGAAGUAUUCAGCAGCAUAAGCAUCAAAUCUCUCGACAUCGCAAUCAGUGGAAAAUACCCCAGACUCCACCUGGCUAUUGGAAUAUUGGAUUUCCUGAUACUCAAGAAGCAGAGAUAAUCAACAAGCAGAAAACAUGCUUUUAUGCAUGGCAGCUGAGACUUGGAACUUAGAAUUAAGUGCUUUUUUGUUAUUGAAAUUUUUUGUUUUGCUUGUAUACAAAAUCUUAUAAAUAUAUUAAUUGAAU